GUCAAAGCGAAGCAGAGUUCUUUUCGUUUAAAGGUCUCCUAGGCGAAAGUUGUGUUUUUCUGUGCAUUUCACGUUUCGUGUCAAAAACUUAAGACUUAAACAUGCGUUACGUGGCUGCAUACCUAUUGGCUGUCCUCGGCGGACAAGAGAGCCCCGCCAAUGCCGAUCUGGAGAAGAUCCUCAGCUCGGUGGGCAUUGAGGCCGAGGCUGAGCGUCUCACCCGCGUGAUCAAGGAGCUCAAGGGCAAGAGCAUUGACGAUCUGAUCAAGGAGGGUCGCGAGAAGCUCUCGUCCAUGCCCGUUGGCGGCGGUGGUGCCGCUGCCGCUGCCCCGGCCGCUGGUGCACCCGCCGCUGCCGCCGGUGGCGACAAGAAGGAAGCCAAGAAGGAGGAGAAGAAAGAGGAGUCCGAGUCCGAGGAUGAUGACAUGGGCUUCGCUCUCUUCGAAUAGACCAAACCACUUCCAUCUUGUCCAAUCACUCGUAUAUACUGUGUAAACCAACUGCAGCAGCACCACCACCAGCUCUUUUUCAGGACAGCCGGCAGUAUUAACAGCGUCUGCUUUGCACAGUGGCACACAUUGCUUACAAAUGCCGUUUGAAAUUUGUUUUUUUUUUUUUACCACCCAACGACAAAUAUACAACAAAAAAAAAAA